UAGUAUGUGUGCAAAUGCUGUCUAUUUCCUUUGUAUAAUUGUUUAUAGUGGAGUGCCCUGUCUAAAUAUUUUCACGCGCAUGCGCUGUUGUACGCGGACUGUACGCGCACUGUCCGCGCGGUCUCAAAUUUUGGGCUGCACGCGGACGGUCCGCGCGGCCGGCCGCGACCCUCUUGAUGACGAAAAUGACGUCAUGCGGACGGCGCGCGUACGCGGACGUCCCUAGUAUACUUUCGGCUUUAGUCUGACGAGCACUCCCACUUGCUUUACCCGCCUUACACGAUGUGCAAACAUCUAUUUUGGUGAUCAAUUUUAGUUUUGUGGCAGACUGAGAAAUAAAUGAUGUAUGGAAAUGUCCAACAACGCUCUCACUUGUAUGAUGUCACAGCAGUAGGCAGCGCAAACAUAACACUCCUAUAAUCCCUCCCACUCCGAAGUGAUACUAACUCGAUGGAAAAGCUAACCAAGCCAAAGUGAAGUGAGCUGACUCGACCUGACUCGCAAAUCAGUGUGGCUCUGAUGGCCUGGUAGAGUAAUAAUUUGAAUGAGAAAUCAUUUGUAUUGUGUACAUGCCGAACACAGGUGUUUUAUUAUAUAAUUUAUUGGCGGUAUUUCUACCAUGCAUGAAAGCACAUUGUAUCCUGUACAUUAGACAUGCCAAUGUCUCAUCACAUUUCAUUAUUUCUAUUUUUGCCAUAGAAACAAAGUCAAUACUUUAUAUUUACGCCUACCCUUGACUAAACGUAAGUUAGAGUCUCAGACGUGCGCUACAGCUAGAUGGUGCAACAGGUGUAAAUUCUACGUCUAACAUAAAGCGCAUUUUAUAUCCAGAGUAGUCUUACGACCAAGAUUACGCCCAGCUUGAUAGUAAAAUAAGAACAAAUAAUCAAAUGAUGAGCAAUAUCGCAGAUAAAUUGAACAGAACAAACACACAAAUAAAAUAAAACUGUGCUGUUCAGGUUUUUCAGAUUAAUCUAACAGUUCUGUAUUUUGGAGGUAAAGUGCCAAGCUGGUAAAGGUUGUAUGUGUGUAUGUGUCUGGGAGCAAACAUACUGAUCAGAACUAUAUACGAUAGUGUUAAUUCAUGUUGUUUUUCAUAUUUUAUUAACACAUUUAUCUUUUUUAUCUUUUAAAAGCUAUUUUGUUCUGUGUCAAACUUGUUUAUUUUAUAUUGUGUGCUGUGUGAUUUUACAUAUUGGUUUCAAAGUUUUAAUGUCAUUGGACCACAAUGUCAUUAAUUGUUCAUUUAAGAAAGGAACUGUUCAGAUUAUUCAGUAAAUUCUUUGUUCAUUUUACAAUGAUUAUGUUUCCUGACUUCUGCUUUAGGCCUAUUCGCUGGGCUGGUAAAUUAAAGUUUACACAAUUAUUCGAUAUUUUGUUAUUCUUCUUAUUCUUUCAAGGAAAGCUAAAGGACCUGUUAUUACAUUGAUAUCAUCUUGUCCAGAUGCACAGUGUGAUAUGUUAGCACAAUAGAAAUGAACUGCAAGAGCUUGUUGAGGGAUAAAGACUGCUGAGAGGAUCACCACUAUUUGAGUAUAGGUUGCAUAAAUGGACAAGUUUGUCACACUUUCACUGCACAGAUACCAUAUAUUGUAUAACAGGUUUCUUUUUACUUUAUUAUUAGUAUUUUAAUGACAAUCACAGUUGAAUGUAAUGUGGUAAUAAAAAAGGAAGAAAGUCAUACUCCAGUUAUACAGAUGAAAAUAAAGGCUUUAAACUUCAACUGCACUUUUCAUGUGCAUAUUAAAGAGAGAAUAUUGUUUUUUAAUUAGCUCCUUUAAAAAAAAAAUUUACGGGAGAAAUGGAAACUGUAGAAUUCCUAAUCUUAAAACAGAAGUUAUAUGAUAAAAAUAGAAAAUAACAACCUACCAGGGAUGUUAGAAUAGAAACAGUUUUGCUACUGUAUUUGUAUAUAGCCAUGUAUUUGUAGUAAACAAAUGGCAAUCAAACAGCUUAACUGUAUGCUUAUUUUUCACAAGGGAGGAUAAGUAAACCUGAUUAUGAAUUUAGGACUGCUAGCACUGAAAUCAGGAUCCCGACAUUCCAAAGUCAUACCUCCUCACUUGUUUUGUUAAAUCCAUUGUAAAAGCAGUGACCGUCUUCUGUCUCCAGUACAGCAGGAGGCGCUGCAGCUCUUUAGUCCGCAAAUAAACUCACUAAAGAAAGAAAGAGCGCGCGUGUGAUGUGUUUGUGUAUCCUCAGUGUUUGUCAAUGCGUGUUUCACUGAGUGUUCACGAAGUCCUGUAUCUGUGUAUUUUAGUGUUGAGACGAUGCCGGACACUACAGUGUGUGACAGUAAACAGAGCUUACAGGAGGAUCAAACCUCAACAGAGUCUCUGGAUUCUGUCUGUAACGCUGGAGAACAGCAACAGAUCCUGCAGACCAAACUGAAGAUGUGUUCAGUUAAACUCAUCGACUGCACGAACCUCAUGAUGAAGAUUAAAACUGAACCCACAGAAAUCAAAACUGAACCCACAGAAAUCAAAACUGAACCCACAGAAAUCAAAACUGAACCCACAGAAGAGGAAGAUUGCACUGAGGAAGAUGAUGAUUUUAUUCCAUCAGAUGUGAAGAGUGAUUCAUGUUUGGAUAUAGAAAUAACGUCCUCAACAUCAAAAGAGCGACUUACAGCACAAACUCUUUCCUGGAUCACCUGUGGAAAGACAUUCAGCUCACAGAGACAUUUAGAGAGACAUGAGAGAAAACACACAGAACAGAAACUCUUCACCAGAUCUGAGAUCAGCUUUACUACCUUACAAGAGAAGAAACUUCAUUCAGAAGAACACAGAGAGAAGAAGAAGCAGUUUCACUGUGAGCAGUGUGGGAGGAUUUGUGUCUCUUCCUCUAAACUAAAUGUUCACAUGAUGACACACAGUGGUGAAAAGCCUUUCAACUGCACUGAAUGUGGAAAAUACUUCAAAACCAAAGACGUUCUUAAAAUUCAUCAGAGACUUCAUACAGGAGAAAAACCUUUCCAGUGUCCUCACUGUGAGAAGAGAUUUAACUGUAAAUAUAAUCUGAAGAGACAUGUGUUUUUACACACCAAUGAGAGACCAUAUCAGUGCAGUGAAUGUGACAAAACCUUUAGGGAUUCAAGUUCAUUAAAAUCACACCAGAUUACUCAUAAAGAGAAACUCCAUCAGUGUUCACACUGUGAUAAACGUUUCUCUCAUAAAUAUCAGCUGAUAAUCCAUCAGAAAGUUCAUACUGGAGAGAAACCUCAUCACUGUAGUCUCUGCGGGAAGAGUUUUAGUCUAAAGCAGAACUUACUAAAUCACAAGAGAAUUCAUACAGGUGAAAAACCUUAUAAAUGCUCUCAGUGUGACAUGACGUUUGCUUAUUCAGGUCACUUGAAAACCCAUCAGAGAGUUCAUACUGGAGAGAAACCUUAUCACUGUAAUGUCUGUGGGAAGAGUUUUGGUCAAAAAAAGACAUUACUAAAUCACAAGAGACUUCAUACAGGUGAAAAACCUUUCAAAUGCUCUCAGUGUGACAUGACGUUUGCUCAAUCAGGUAACUUACAAGCCCAUCAGAGAGUUCAUACUGGAGAGAAACCUCAUCACUGUAAUGUCUGUGGGAAGAGUUUUGGUCAAAAAAAGACAUUACUAAGUCACAUGAGAAUUCAUACAGGUGAAAAACCUUUCAGAUGCUCUCAGUGUGACAAGACGUUUGCUCAGUCAGGUAACUUACAAGCCCAUCAGAGAGUUCAUACUGGAGAGAAAUCUUAAAGCGGAAGGUGAAGUAGGGACAUCUGCAUUACGUCAUUUUCGCAACAGCGCAUGCGUGAGAAAAUAUUGAGACAGGACACCCCACUACAAACAAUUACACAAAGGCAAUAGACAGCAUUUGCACACACACUGUUGUUUUUUCUUCUUUUAUUUUCACUUACUUCAAGAACAGAAAGCUGUGGAGCAUUUUCGUCACCAUAAUAAAAACCAACAUUUUUUA